AUGUCUAGUAGUAAUAGUUUAGAAACACUGUCAAGUAGUACACCAUCUGUACCUAAAGCUAAACAAUCUUCAAUAUCAGUAGCAGUACGUGUACGUCCUUUCACGGCUGCAGAAUCAGAGAAACUAGUUAAAGCAGAUAAUGAAGAUAUAUUUCUUGGUGAUGGAUGUUUAACGGGCAAUUCUAAUUCCAAUUCCACAUCCACGGGAUCACCAUCUAAUAGACCUAUGAAAAGAUCAAUCAUAAAUACUGGGGGGUUACGAAAGAUUAUAAAUGUGGUUGAUGAACGAAUGUUGAUUUUUGAUCCGCCAGAAACAAAUCCUUUAGCCAAGAUGCAAAAAAAUGCAUUUCCUAAUAGUUUUAAAGGGUCAAGGAUAAGAGAACAUAGAUUUGUAUUUGAUAGAUUAUUUGAUGAAGAUUCAAGUCAGUAUCAAGUUUAUAAUAAUACUACAAGACCAUUAUUGGAUUCAGUAUUAGAUGGAUAUAAUGCCACUGUUUUUGCAUAUGGUGCUACUGGAUGUGGUAAAACUCAUACUAUAUCUGGAACACCUGAAAAUCCAGGUGUUAUAUUUCUAACUAUGAAGGAAUUGUAUGAAAAAAUUGAAUCUUUAAGUGAUACAAAAAUAUUUGAUGUUAGUUUAUCGUAUCUUGAGAUUUAUAAUGAAACUAUUCGAGAUUUAUUAAACCCUGCAACAUUAUGCAAGAAUUUGGUUAUUCGAGAAGAUGCAAAUAAUAAAAUAUCAGUUGCCAAUUUAUCUAGUCAUCGACCUCAUUCAGUAGAAGAAGUUAUGGAAUUGAUUGUCCAAGGAAAUAAGAAUAGAACAUCUUCACCUACAGAAGCAAAUGCUACGUCAAGUAGAUCUCAUGCAGUAUUACAGAUUAAUGUUAUACAAAAGGGAAGAACUGGAGAUAUCACUGAAGAGCAUACAUUUGCAACAUUGUCAAUUAUUGAUUUAGCUGGUAGUGAACGUGCAGCAGCUACAAAAAAUCGAGGUGCUCGAUUGAAUGAAGGGGCAAAUAUAAACAAAUCAUUGUUAGCAUUGGGUAAUUGUAUUAAUGCAUUAUGUGAUCCAAGAAGAAGAAACCAUGUCCCAUAUCGAGAUUCGAAAUUGACAAGAUUAUUAAAAUUUUCAUUAGGUGGGAAUUGUAAGACAGUUAUGAUUGUUUGUGUUUCACCAAGCUCACAACAUUAUGAUGAGACAUUAAAUACUUUAAAAUAUGCAGAUAGAGCCAAAGAGAUAAAAACAAAAUUGAUUAGAAAUCAACACAAUUUGGAUCGUCAUGUUGGUUCUUAUUUGAAGAUGAUUACAGAGCAAAAACAAGAGAUUGAAGAAUUGCGUGCCCGAGAAUCUAAAGUUGUUGAUAUUGCCAUUAGCAAGAGGAAAGAUUUAGAAAAAAAAGUAUUCCAAACAUUAUUGGAAAGUCUUGAAUCGACUAAAAAAUCAUUAGCUAAACAAAGUCAAGAAAAAUGGAAGAAAUAUUUCUUAUUAGCUAAAAGAAAAUUGUUACUACUUCAAAAGAUUGAUUCAGAAGUGAUUCUAGAUAACCGACCAGAGGAUGAGUGCUCCAAUGAUAUCAUCUUGCGCAUUUAUGAUUUAUGUGAACAGUUGUUAAUUAAAGUUUCAAAUCAAUUGCCACAGCUAGAGCAUCAAUAUAGACAACCAACAGAUUUAGAUUACAUUUUAGAAGAUUCGGCCACGCAAACAUUGAAACGGUUGCAAAAUGAGGAUGGAUGGAAUGAGUUCCACACCAAGAUUUAUCUCACAUCGAUUGAAUCAAUGAAGAAUGAAGUACAUACGGAUCUUUUGUUGUAUUCAAGUAUACUUUAUGAUAAUUUGAUUCAUAACUUGACUGAAUUUUUCUAUGUACCAAAUACAAUUGGUAGAUUAUUAAAUGGUCAUCCUAAUGAACAAUUGCUUCUUGAUAUUCAACAAGGAUUGGAGAAUUUACUUAAUGGAGAAUUUGAUGCCGCAAUGGAACAAUUUGCUAUGGAGUAUAUAAAAACAAAGUUAUCACAAGAAUCACAAACUCCUGAUGAUAUGAGUAUGAUGCAAAUUGAUGAUGAUCAUGACGAAUAUGGAAUGCCUACCAAGAAACAGAAAACAGAUAUAUCACCACCAAGAGUGUUGAAGAAACCCAAGAGUGUCAAGCAAGUGACUAGUAAUGGUAAACUCAAGAAACAGAGUACCAGUGAUUUAUUAUACGAUACAAGUAUGGAGGAAAACAAUUCAAUCAUUCAUUCUGAUAUAAGAUUUGAUCUCGAUGAUACACAAAAUAGUCCACCUAAAAUGAACAACAUACUCAAAGAUAUUGAUUUGGAUUUGGAUUUACCAUUUGAUCCUCAAUUAGAUUCCCCACCACAAGCAUUAAAUAUCAAUGGUAGCAGAAUUACAAAUAAAAGAUUAUCAACGGAUUUGAAAAGAGGUAGAUCUCCACCAUUGAGUAGUUCAAAUCGAAGACUUUCAUUAACAUUAUCCGAGUCGAAAUUGCCAUUGCUAAAUAAACAAGCAGCAUCAAAAGUGUCUAAUGAUUUAUAG